AAGUAAAUCUUAAUUUCGAACAACAAAGAAUCGAAGUCGGGUAGGAAAGCUUAAGCAGUGACUCAAAACAAAUAAAAGAUAUAGGUGGAAGGUGCCAAGUAUUAAUUAAGAAGAAAGGGUGAGAAAAUAUCAAAAAUACUGCAGUUAUAAAAAUGACAUCAGAACUUAGAAACAGAAGGUGUAACAAAAUCGGUCGGCAAAGAGAAGGGUGAGAGAGACACAAAUGUCAGAAUUUUGGUGGCGAUGGAAUAAUAAGAGGAGUUUGUAAUCUACGUGUGCCUUUCGUGUGGAUUCGAGUGGAACUCGAUCGCAAAUUGAAACUACUCCGAAGCAUUCGACAGUAUAGGCGUUAGUAAUCAUAAUUAAAACAGAAAAAAAUUCCAAUAGGGACAGUAGAUGGUCAGUAGCCGGACUAACAAAGGUCUUUCUGCAAUGAAUGAGUCUUCAGAUUUUCACCACACAGUUCACUUGGACCUGAAAGGUGCACCUCCAAGGGUCAGUUAUUUUGCUGAGAUAUUUCCUUUAUUCCGUCAAUGGGGUGCUACGAGUUUAUUGCUAGAAUAUGAAGAUAUGUUUCCAUACCAAAAUGAUCUCAAAGAAUUGGCUGCUGAACAUGCAUACAGCAAAGAUGAUAUACAAAGAAUACAACAAUUGGCAGAACAAAAUAAUUUGGAAGUAAUUCCUUUGGUUCAAACAUUUGGUCAUUUUGAGUUUGUUUUGAAACAUGAAAAAUUUCAAAAACUCCGGGAAGUUGCAGCUUACCCUACUUCUCUAUGUCCAACCCAUCCAGAUGCUUUAGACACAGUAAAGCUGAUGAUUGACCAAAUUCUCACAUUGCAUCCUCGCAGUCACCGUUUCCAUAUUGGAGCCGAUGAGGUUUAUCACAUAGGGUUCUGUGAGCGGUGUAAGAAGACAAUGGCUUCAGAGAACUUAACAAACCAACAGAUGUUCUUUGUUCAUAUUGAGAAAGUUGUGAAAUAUGUGAAGUGUAAAUACAAUCAUCUGACUGUUCUCAUGUGGGAUGACAUGAUGAGGUUUUGUGAACUGGCUCUUCUUAAAGAAUCUAAACUAGGUGAUAUUGUGGAACCAAUGGUAUGGCACUAUGUAACACAAUUCGUCCUACCUAAUGAUAUUUGGGACCGUUAUUCCAAAGUAUUUCCAAACAUUUGGCUCGCAAGUUCUUUCAAAGGUGCUACCAGUUCUUCUGCCUACUUGACGAAUAUUAUGUAUCAUGUUGACAACCAUCUUGCCUGGUUGAGUGUCAUCAACCAAGAGAAACAUAAAUUCAAGAAGAUCUGUGGUAUUACUGUAACAGGAUGGCAAAGGUUUGACCAUUUUGCUGUCCUCUGUGAGUUGCUGCCUCAGGCAUUGCCGUCCCUUGCUGCCUGCUUACAUGUCCUGAAGUCUGGAACAUUCAAUUCUGAUAUUCACUUAACUGUUUCAAAGGAGCUGGAAUUUGAACCUACACUGCCUCUUAUCCCAGAUCGAACUAUAUUUCCAAAGUGUAAAUUUCCUGGGAGUGACAUCUAUCUACAAAUGCUAGACUUCUUGCGAUUCGAACUUGACUACAACGAAUAUAUACAUAGUGACAGACGUCAGACGUGGAUGAAUGACUAUAACUUACAGCGUGGAUUUCUUAAUCCUGCACAUCUGCAACAGCUUCUUGAUGAGGCACUGAGGUUGUACAACUGUUUUCAACAAUUGAAGUUUUCCAUCCAGAAAAGUUUGAUGUUGGUGUUUUAUGAAGACACUGUCCAAGAAUGGCUGUGCGUCAAUAUUGACCAGAAACUAGUAAAACUGAAGGAGUUGUUGGACAAGGGCUGCCCUCAUUUGCCUGCACCACCACCACCAAUGAUUGCAGCAAAGUGAUAAUUUAUAUUUAGAGUGUGGACCUUAUAUUGCCUAGGCAGACUGUAGUUGUCAAACAUCUUUACAGAUUCCUACCAGAACUAACAUAUCUACCUUAUCCUGAUACUUUGAUACUAUUCAAAUGCCUCUGGACUCACUAAGAUCUCAAACAUUUAAAAGUGUCACUCAGUAUUUUUCAAUCAACAGCAUUUUCAGUGUCAA